CCCGCAGCGACGCCCCGGCCCGCCCCGCCCCUCCUCCUGCCUGGCCGGGCUGCCUCCCAUUUGGGGAGUUUUGUGGGGUUUCUUUCUCCUCCUCCAACCUCCGCGGAGGCCACGACUCAGGCGCCGGGGUCGCCUCCAUGGUGCGGGGCAGCCACCGCUGAAGUCCGCGAGCCCGCGCCCGGCCUGGAGCAGGCCGCGAGGGAGGCGAGGCCAUGGCCAUAGCCACGUCGGCCCAGCUGGCCCGGGCCCUCUACGACAACACUGCCGAGUCCCCCCAGGAGCUGUCCUUCCGCCGAGGGGACGUUCUACGGGUACUGCAGAGGGAGGGCGCUGGCGGGCUGGACGGCUGGUGCCUCUGCUCCCUGCACGGUCAGCAGGGCAUCGUGCCCGCCAACAGAGUGAAGCUCCUUCCUGCUGGCCCAGCACCCAAGCCCAGCCUCUCCCAGGUGCCCCCAGCCCAGCCUGGCUCGCCACAUCCAGCCCCCGAACACAGCAGUGAGGACCAGGAGGUGUAUGUGGUGCCACCCCCAGCUCGGCCCUGUCCUGCUGCAGGAUCUCUGGCUGGAGCCUGCCCAUCCUCCCCUGACCCCAUCUACAAGGUUCCCCGAGGCAGCGGGACCCAACUGACUGCCCCUGGCGACGCCUUGGAGGUCUACGACGUGCCCCCCACUGCCCUCCGAGUUCCCUCCAGUGGUCCCUAUGACUCCCCUGCCUCCUUUUCCCGCCCUCUGGCGCGAGUUGCUCCGCAGUCACCUGGAGAGGAUGAAGCUCCCUAUGAUGUACCUCUGACCCCAAAGCCACCUUCUGAACUGGAAGCGGAUCUGGAGUGUGAGGGAGACCGGGAACCAGGGCCUCCCCUCUACGCUGCCCCCUCCAACCUGAAACGGGCAUCAGCCCUGCUCAAUCUCUACGAAGCGCCUGAGGAACUGCUAGCAGAUGGAGAGGGCGGUGGCGCUGAGGAGGGCAUCUAUGAUGUGCCCCUGCUGGGGCCAGAGGCACCUCCUUCUCCAGAGUCCCCAGAAACCUCCACCUCCAAUGACCUGGACACCCUGGCCCUGCUUCUGGCCAGAAGCCCCCCACCCACACACAGGCCCCGGUUGCCCUCAGCCGAGAGUCUGUCCCGCCGCCCUCUGCCAGCUCUGCCUGUCCCUGAGGCCCCCAGUCCUUCUCCAGCACCCUCUCCUGCUCCAGGCCGGAAAGGCAGCAUCCAAGACCGGCCUCUGCCCCCACCGCCACCCCGCCUUCCUGGCUAUGGAGGCCCCAAGGUUGAGGGGGACCCAGAGGGUGGGGAGGUGGAGGAGGAUCCAGCAGGACACCACAAUGAAUAUGAGGGCAUCCCAGUGGCCGAAGAAUAUGACUAUGUCCACCUAAAGGGCAUGGAUAAAGCUCAGGGACCUAGGCCUCUGGAUAAGGCCAUCCCAGGGGAUCCUGAACUGCUGGACAGGGGGCUGCCGGAGCAGCAGAAGGCCCUGUCCCCCGGAGAGCCGCUGGUUCUGCCCACCGGAGAUCUCCAGCUCCUACACUUCUAUGCCGGGCAGUGCCAGAACCACUACUCGGCACUACAGUCAGCUGUGGCGGCCCUGAUGUCCAGCACCCGGGCCAACGAGCCCCCACGCCUCUUUGUGCCCCACAGCAAGCGGGUGGUGGUGGCCGCUCACCGCCUGGUCUUUGUUGGGGACACCCUGGGCCGGCUGGCAGCCUCUGCGCCUCUGCGAGCUCAAGUUGGGGCUGCAGGUACAGCGCUGGGCCAGGCACUGCGGGCCACUGUGCUGGCUGUGAAGGGCGCCGCCCUGGGCUACCCAUCCAGUCCUGCAGCCCAAGAGAUGACGCAGUGUGUGGCAGAGCUGGCAGGGCGGGCCCUGCAGUUCACCACCUUGCUCACCAGCCUGGCCCCCUGAGGGUGCUAUGACCCUCUCUUCCCUUUACCUGCCUGCCAGAGUUCUCCACCCCCAGGCCCUGGGUGGCUGGAAGGCUCUGUUUUGGGGGCCAGGAGAGGUGGAAGCAUCUUCCCCCAUUCUGGUCAUCUCAGCCUCUCACAGAGGCAUCCCCCACCCCGCAGCUUUUUGUACGAGCCAUUUUGUAUAAAUUAUUUAUAUUUAAUAUUAUUUCCUGCUUUGUCUGGGACAGGCACAGGCCCUCUGGGGUAGUGAGGAACUGGCCCUUCUUCCUCCCUCAGCCUGGGGUGGAGGUUCUUGGUGAUCGCACUUCCCCCUUCCUCUGGACUUCAGAGAGAAGCAGGUGACUGGAACCUCUUUCUUGUCCUGUUUCUUGACUCUGGAACAACAGUGCCUCACUAGUAGCUGGGAGUAGGGACAGGACAUUGGCCACCCAGACUGUGGAAGUCUAGAGAGGUCAGAGGGUACCUGCCCAAGGAGGUGGCAGAGACCUAGACCCCAGGUAUUAGGUGUGCCCCUCAAUAAACCCUGCUGUCUGGUUCCCUGCCUCUGCUUUUGGGAGCCUGGGAGGUGGGCCUGGUACCCCUUGGCCAAAUCUGUGGGACUCACAUUAUGGGCGUGCUAUCUGUAGAAGUUAGGAAAUUUUACUGUUUCUUCAACAACUGCUCAUUCAACGGGCCUCCGCUUCCACGGUGCGCCAGGACUUUGAGGGUAUGGUUCUGGUGGGGGUGGGAUGGAUGUAAAAGAAGCAAUUAAAACAAUAUAAAACAACCCUACCACAGAUUUGACAGUGGUGCUGAUGGAAAUAAACAAUGUGAUGUGAAAAGACUAAGGGAGGAGAGAAGCCAGUGAGAGAGACUGGGGAUGGGGGUGUGCGUGGGGGGCAGUGUAUCAGACCCCAAAGAUAAGAGAACAGCCCUCCGGGAAGGCAGACUGAUACCAAUCAGGGGCCUUUCCGCCGAGACUUUACUGUCAAACAGGGUCAUUUGGAGGUUCACAUGUGGAGACCUGGACAGGUGCCAACCUAAAGAGGUCACCCCAGCAAAGGCCUGUUCUCACCAUUGCCCCAGGAGACAGCUCUGGCUAGCUGGAGUGCUGCUGGCCCGCCUGGGUGCCCUCUCCCCUAGGUUAACCCAAGAGGGUCUAGCCCCUGCCCAGGCCACCUGCCGGCUAUUCUGGAGGGUAUGGGGGACAGAAGAAGGCGUGGUUUGAAGUCCACAACACUUGGAACUUUGGUGAAACUGAUGAGCCAAGGCUCAAAGGAUCACUCCAGACUCUCCUCACAAGGGAAGUCCAAGCCACAGCUCCAUGGCUUUGUUGUUUUCCCAAGAUAUUCCCCUGGCACAGUGACUGGAUUGGAGGCACCCCAAAUUUCAAUCACAGUCUCUGUCUCUUGGCAUGCCCCAUGUAUUUUGCCUCCUCCAUCUUGUUUAUCUUCUUUCUCAUUUCAAUCUCAAAAGAAAAUUAAUUUCCAGAUUCUGGGAUCACUAAAAUUCACCCCUAUGUGUGGAAAACUUACCACGAGGGUCAUUCUCCAUCUUUGAGAAUUUCAAGCCAUCAAUCUAGAAUUAGAAUCAGAGCUCUCAGUGCAAGUCCCAGAUCUGCCAUGUUCGAAUGUAUCUGUCGGAAACCCUUGUCAUUCCCACUGAAUCCUGGUUUCAUCUUUAAUAUGAGGGUGAUUAUAAUGGUCUCACGGGGCUGUAGUGAGGCCCUACCAACAUAAUACAUGUGAACAGCUCAGCACCACACAAAGUUAAGGGAUUAUUAUUCCAGGACAGACAUCAAUCCUCAAGGAAUGUUGGCUGUGACGGCACUAAAGUAAACCCUGAAGGGAUGCUGAAAGGAGUUGGGGGAUGGGAAGUGAUGGGAGGCUGCUUAAUGUUUCAGAAAAGAAGGAUUUUCCAUAUUUGGAAAAUUUUUGAACAGAGGAGACAAAUUAGAAGUUGCUCAAUUGAGAGAAGAGGAAAUGGAUAACGUGGCUCAGGCUGUGAAGACACUCCUUUUCAGCUCUUACCUAAGAUUAGAGACCAAAUUACCUAUUUUUUUAAAGAUUUAUUUAUUGAUCGAUUUAUUGAUUGAUUUAUUGAUUUAUACAUACAUACAUACAAGCACUGGGUACAGUCAGAAACACAGGAGGGUGAGAGGAUUCACCAGAGCCAGAGCAGGGAGCAGAGCAGGCAGAAGGACCGAAGUACA